UCCAAGCGUGCUUGUUGUCAGUCAACAUAUGGACGGGCUGGAGGAUUGAUAUCGCCUAAUCCUUACGUCACAAUAGUACGACUUUAUAAGUGAAUUUAUUGCAACAGAAUGCUGACAAGGUGUCUUCUCGUUGCGUUUGUCGCGGGUGCGCUGUCUGCUCCAGCGGACGAACCGAUUCGAGUCGAUCUACCAGUGUACGAUGCACCACAACAGUCAAAUGCCCAGCUCAGCGAACCCCUCGUACCAGAGAACUAUCCAGAAUUGAGAAUUAAUAAAGAAUCAAUCGUCGACAAUUUUCUCUCGCACAAAGACACCACUAAAUUAGCACAAAGCAGUCCUCCGAUCGGUUCUGUGAAUUACGGAGGUGGUUUGUUUUCGGCUCCAGUGACUACAUUAGAAGGCGCAUUGCUAGAAACCGAAGGUUUAGGAAGUAAGACUCUCUCGAUCAAGGAAAAUGUGCAAAAUGUUGCAGCUGGUAUUUUCCAGCCAAAACCAAUAGUGGAUACAAUAAAAGAAGAGGAAAAAUACGGCAAUAAUGGUGAUAAAUUUUAUAGUGCAGGAAGGGCUAUCGUCUCUGGUGCAGAAAAUGUUUCAAAUUUUGUCAAUACGGUUUUGGAGGUGCCUGUAAAAGUUUUUAGGGACCUGACUAGAAAAGCGACGGAAAAACUGAAUAAUUUUGGAGGUAAACUUAUUGGUUUAUAAUUUAAGAUUUCAG